AUGCGCGAGUUAGACCCUCUGAUCUCAGAAUACCGCCAUGAAAAGAAACGCCCCCGAGAAGCAGAGGCCCUGUUGAUCCUGCGCAAAGUCGCGUCAUUGGUUAAACCGAUCAUGCGACAGCGCGCCUGGAGAGUGGGUGCGCUCUGUGAGUUCUAUCCGCAGCAGCGAAACCUGCUGGGGCUGAAUGUCAACUCUGGUCAGAAGAUCUGUCUGAGAUUACGGUAUCCCUCUGACCAACGGCAAUUUCUCCCCAUCGAGGAAGUUUUGGAUACUAUGCUUCAUGAACUCUGCCACAACGUGAUUGGUCCUCACAACCAGCAAUUUCAUGCGUUGUGGAAUCAACUUCGUGAUGAGCACGAGGAACUAGCCCGAAAAGGCUACACCGGAGAGGGCUUCCUAUCUCAGGGAAAGCGUCUGGGUGGCCAGAGAAUUCCGCUGGAUGAAGCCCGACGUCAAGCUCGUGCCGCUGCUGAACAGCGCAAGGUUCUUGCCAAAAAUUCCGGCAAGAAGCUUGGCGGCACCCGCGUGCUCCGAGGAACAGAUAUACGCAAGCUCCGGGCUGACGCUGCGCAGCGGCGAAUUGAAGUAACUCAGGGCUGUGCAUCUGGUACUGACCGAAGCACUGAGCUUGCGGAAGAGGCUUCGCAUGGGUUCCGAACCCAGGCCGAGGAAGACGACGCAAAUGAGCGGGCUAUCAUGGAGGCCUUUAUUGAAAUGAUACAGGAAGAAGAACGGGAGAAGUACGAGUCGUCAUAUGUUCCGCCAAGUCAAGAAAACCCGGCAGGACCUCGAACAAAAUCGUCACCGCCACCUACUGCUUCUGACAUCCCGCCUGCGAUCUCUGAAACUAAACCGGCGUUUUCAAAGAAAGGCUUGUCAUCAAGUCGCAAUGAAACCGUCGAUCUUACAGCCGAUAACAGCUCAUAUGAGACACCAUGGAUCUGCCCAAUGUGCACGCUCGAGAACCCGUCUACCUUCCUAUGCUGUGAUGUUUGUGCAGCUGAACGACCGCCUCCGGCCAGUGCACUAUCUAAAUCUACUUCUAAUCGGAAUCCUACCCAACCAGUGCGUUCGGAGUCACGCAAGUCGCAGAAGAGGCCUUUACCUCUUGAUCAAAAGGAGGAGGAAGCGAAUCUCGGGAGUGCCUUUGUUUUCAAGAACCGAACCCGUGCACUGGACACCCUCAAAUCCUUGGACCGGGGUGCAGACAAGAAGCCUCUUGGAUGGAUUUGCAUCUCGUGCAGUAGCUUUAUGGAAACCCAGUGGUGGACAUGUUCUUGCUGUGGGACAAUGAAGCCCUCCUCUUGA